GGGAACAGACAAGAUUGCGAGCGGCGGCGCCUCCUCCACCCGCUCUUCGACUCCUCCCGAUUCUCCGGGUUUUCUCUCGAUUUCCGCCGAAUUUCGCUCCGCUCCAGCAAUGGGCGAAUUGGGUGCUCUCCAGUCCAUCGUCUACCACCGCGGAUCGCUCCGCCUGCUUGAUCAGAGGAAGCUCCCACUCGAGGUGGACUACAUCGACGUCAAGUGCUCCGGCGAUGGAUGGAACGCAAUCAGAGACAUGGUUGUCCGUGGCGCUCCUGCGAUUGCCAUAGCAGCGGCUUUGGCUCUGGCUGUAGAGGUUUCUGGGUUGGAGGAUUUCACCGGUACGCCUGCAGAGGCAGCAGUUUUUGUUUCCGAGAAAUUGGAGUACCUUGUAUCGAGCCGCCCAACUGCAGUGAACCUAUCUGAUGCUGCAACCAAGCUUCGGAGUUUAGUUUCAAGGACAGCAGAAACUGAGAAAGAUGCCAAAGCAAUCUUUCAGGCCUACAUUGAUGCAGCAGAGACCAUGCUAGUUGACGAUGUGUCAGAUAACAAGGCAAUUGGCUCUCAUGGAGCUGAGUUUCUCAAACAGAAACUUGAGGUCUCUAAAGAUAUUUCUGUUCUAACACACUGUAAUACUGGCAGUCUUGCGACUGCUGGUUAUGGAACUGCCUUGGGGGUUAUUCGUGCUCUUCACUCUGGAGGAAUUCUAGAGAAGGCCUUUUGCACUGAAACUCGUCCAUUUAACCAGGGUUCCAGGCUUACAGCUUUCGAGUUAGUUCACGACAAAGUACCCGCAACGCUGAUAGCAGAUUCUGCUGCAGCUGCACUGAUGAAGAGCGGGUGUAUUCAAGCUGUAAUCGUUGGAGCUGAUCGUAUCGCUGCCAAUGGUGAUACUGCUAACAAGAUUGGCACAUACAACCUCGCCAUUUCUGCGAAGCAUCACGGUGUGCAAUUCUACGUGGCUGCGCCGAUAACUUCGAUUGAUCUCUCCCUCCCAUCUGGUGAGCAAAUUGUGAUCGAAGAGAGGUCUCCCAAUGAGUUGCUGAACUCUGAAGGUGGCCUAGGUAAGCAAGUCGCCGCGUCAGGUAUAUCGGUGUGGAACCCUGCCUUCGAUGUUACUCCGGCAAAUCUGAUUACCGCAAUCAUAACGGAAAAGGGUGUGAUCACAAAGUCUGAUGCUGAUGAGACUUUCAACAUCAAAGAUUUCAUCCAGUCUGCAAAAUUGUACUCUACCAUGCAGUGAGGGGUCACCUCUUUAGGAUGAAGAAGAUCCAUCCUCUAUCUCAGGGAGGAUCGUAGAGUGCUCUUGGAAUAAGGAAGAUGGCUGUUGGGUCUGCAUGCGUAUAUCCGAUAAAUCAACUCCAAAUGAUAUCUUAGGGAGGAUUAUCAAUUAUGUCCCUUUUGUCAAGGUGACUCGCCUGCAAAAUGAAGGAUAUAGUUGGGGGGGGGGGGGGGGGGGUUCGGCUGCUGAUGGACAUCUGUAAAGUUUUCUAUAACCACUGUAUCCAACAUGGUAUUGGUAUAUCACACUAAAGGAGCAAAAAAGUUCGCCUUAUCAUAUGAUACUAAUAUUCCUCGGCAGGUGAGGUGAUCAGCGUCUCAA